UGGCAACAUCCGUCAACCGCUUGUCUCUUGCGUCCGCACGUUGCGUUGAUCAGCCGCAUACACACACACAGACGAGACUCAGACAUCAUGGCGGACGUAUUGGACCUUCAUGAGGCGGGAGGCGAGGACUUUCCUAUGGAUGAGGAUGGCGAUGAAAGCAUCCACAAGUUAAAGGAGAAAGCGAAGAAGAGGAAAGGACGAGGCUUUGGCUCGGAUGAAGGAGCCAGGUCCAGAAUUAAAGAGGAUUAUGAUACUGUGGAGCAGGAUGGAGACGAACCAGGCCCUCAGAGAUCUGUGGAGGGCUGGAUCUUGUUUGUGACCGGAGUACAUGAAGAAGCCACAGAGGAAGACAUCCAUGACAAGUUUUCAGAGUUUGGAGAAAUCAAGAACCUGCACCUCAACCUUGACCGCAGAACAGGUUACCUCAAGGGAUACGCACUGGUGGAGUAUGAGACAUACAAAGAAGCCCAGGCAGCCAUGGAAGGGCUCAACGGUCAGGACCUGAUGGGCCAGCCUAUCAGCGUUGACUGGGGAUUUGUCAGAGGGCCCCCCAAGAACAAGAGGAGGACUGGUGGGCGGAGACGCAGCAGAAGUCCAGACAGGAGGCGGCGUUAAGUCUGACGGCUGUCGUUGGGUAGAGGAGUUGUCUAUCACUGUCACAGGCAGUUUUAAUCCUCUCAUCCUGUAAUAUGCUAAAUUCCUAGUUUUUGUACAAUAUUUUGGAGUAACAGUUGUUGUGGCGUGCAGUUGUGCAAUUUCAACCAUUGAGAUAAGGAAUUGUGCUUCUUUCAGAAAUGAAUAACAACAGACAAAGUUGGCGAACAGCAGCAUUUCCUUUUUACGUAAAUUGUUAGUGCUGUUUUACAACAAAAGGAUAUCCGCUCAACGUGGAAAGUGAAACUAACUAAACUUUAAUGCCAGCUUGUACGUAGCACAUGGUUUAUGGUUUUCAUGAUUCCUUCAAAAUGUUGUUUCAGUUUGCUCAAUGUUGUGUGCAUUUUAUUGUGCUGGAGGUUUUUUUUUUAUUACUUGGGGGAAAAUUAAACUUUUUAAAAGAUGA